AUGGGAAAAAAAUCUAUUGAUCCAUAUGUCCGGGCUCAGGUAGUGGCCUUACAUGACGCCGGUCUGAACCAGGUCGACAUUUCGAAACAACUCAUAGUUUCCAGAUGUUGUGUUCAAAAUGCUAUCAAGAAAUAUAAACAACUGGGCCGAUUCGAUGAUUUGAAACAUACUGGGCGUCCAAAAAAGCUUUCUGGUCGUGAGAUUCGCCAUUUAAAAAGAUUGUUCAAAGGAGAUUCUCGCCUUAGCGCGAGCAAAAUUGCAUCAGACUUGAACACCAGCUUACCAAAAUCAAUUACAACAAGAAUAAUACGAAGAUAUUUGAAAGAUCUUGGCUUUGAUUACGUGGUAAAAAUAAAAAAACAGUGGUUAAGUGGCCGUCAUCGACAACAACGCAUUGCGUGGUGUAAGCAGUAUUUGAACUGGAAAAAAGAUGACUGGAGGAAAGUGAUUUUUUCGGACGAAUCGACUUUCUAUGUAUUAAAACGAAAGAACCAAUGCAAAAUAUGGCGUUUGGACAAAGAAAAGCUUCUCCCAGAAUGUCUGCAGCAAACCAAUACUGGUGAUGGGGGAAAAAUUGGAAUUUGGGGCGGUAUCUCAGGUUUUGGAACAACGAUUGCCAAGAUUUACACAGAAAAUAUGAAUGGUCAAUUGUAUUGUAACAUCUUACAGACGGAACUGAAGCGUUCCAUGGCGAAAUUUCUGAAGAAAACUAAAAUGAUUUACCAACAAGAUCUUGCACCAUGGCAUACGUCGGGCAUAGUCAAAGAAAAAAUCACUAAAUUGAAACUAAAUGUACUUGAUUGGGCUCCAAAAAGUCCUGACUUGAACCCGAUAGAAAUGUUGUGGUCAAUUGUAGACAAGAAGCUGGCAUCAAAACCAAUUUAUUCGAGAGCGUCCCUGGUGGAACGGCUUCAAGAAGAAUGGGACAACAUCGAUCAAAAUUUGUGCAUAAAAUUGGUGGAAUCAAUGCCCGAGCGCAUACAAAAAUGUUUAAAAGCAAAAGGUGGACAUUUCUUGUAA